UACUUCCCAUGUGAGACAUUUAGACAGCCUCAUGCAAGGAAUAAUGAGAUCAUUCACAAGCUGUCAAGCCACAGACAUGCACCGGUUGAUUUGGUUUUCUCUCCUGCUUACCUACCUGCCAGUAACAGCGAGCAUGGAAAUGACUAGUAGCUGCUUAUCACAGCCGAACGAGGCAAUCUGGAAGAAAAUGGGACAAAGUGUGGUCCUUCCUUGUACCGUCAUGCCAAAUUGUCGAGCCAAUGACUUGGAGUAUGAGUGGUGUAUUUUCAAAGAACACUCCUGUUUUUGUCUAAAGCUGCUUGACAAUCACAAGUACAGUCUGGAUGGAUCAUCUUUACACAUCAAGUCACUUGAUGCUAAUGACAGCGGGAUCUACUACUGUGCUGCAGUACUGAAUGGAGAACCAGCACAGGGCAAACUGCACGUAGGGUCGGGUACAACUCUGGUAGUGAAGGAAAAAGUUAACAUAAUGGUGAGGCACAUUCUUCUGUGGGUGUUUUUUGUCCUCUUGACCAUCUACAGCUUGGCAGUAGUGACACUUAUUUUAAAGAAGUAUGGCUGCAGAAGGACGACCAAAACUGAAAGGAGUAACUCAACCAAAACGACACAAUUUCGUGAUGUGCUGCAAGAAAUGUACAGCAAAAGGAACUUGCAGAGAAGUAAACGACUUGUGAGCAGAAACCGUUCCCAAGCUGAGGCGACGAGAACGGGCGCCAACAGCUCAAAUGACGACGUCUAUCAAAACGUCUAAGUGUCGUUCAAGGAUAUUAAAUGACAGAUCAUCACCACUGAGAGCAAAAAGCCUGAAGAGAGACGCUGUUAUCUGACUGAGGAAAUGAGCAACUCAACACAGGCUGCAGGGCAGCUUUGUGCUUUCUCACCUUUUCUCAUAAAGUGAGACAUAACAACUACAACAAAAGGUGCUGAGUCACACUUCAAUUUUUCUCGAGUUUUUCAGUUUCGGCAGUGAUACUCACAGCCCUCUUUUGAAAUCAAUCAAUGUUGGAGCAACAAUUUCAUUCUUUUCAAAACCAGGGCCUUGUUUACCUGAAAAAUAAAUGAGGGAAGAAAAUCCAAUACAAUUCAGAGAUGUGGUCA